GUGUAUUUCUGUUACCUGGCAACCUUUUUGAGAAAGUUGUAACAAAAGACACCCUGCAGAAGCAGAAAUUAGGAAUAUACAACAGCAAAUGACUGCAGAGUAACAGAAAUGCCACCAUUUCCAGAUAAAUACUACAGUCAAAUACCCAGGAGAUGGUCCAGACUUUAUCGAGCUUGAGCAAGGCAUUAAACCUCUAUCAUGACCUCUGACCUCCUAAUGGAAGGGAAAAAGCCUCUACCAGACAGUGCUAUGUGCAUGAGAGCGUUUCUCUUACCACCAACACUGACGUCCUGACAGCCUCCAACACGCUCUGUCUCAGCUCUGCAGCGGUGCCCGGUUUAUUGAGCCCUCGAGUGAACUUCCUCGCCUCAGGUGGAGCAGAAGCCAUCCCGUAGUCCUCCUUUCAUCAGACAGACAGACAGGCGCUGAGAAGAGACAGGCUGUAGCCUACCGAGGCUGUCCCAGGUGGCGGCUCGAAGGCUGAUAUCCUGCGCCCCAGGAUGUCCGACGUGCGUAAAAUGCACCCUGACGCAGCUUUACCCCGCCAUUUCUGUAAACUUUUCACCACAUCCAGAAGACACAGCAAUCCAGGAGAGCCGACGAUGAGUUGACUGAGCGACAGCAAGAAGAGGGAAACAUCCAAACGCUGCUUCGCUCCGGUCUGUCCCGUCAGCGGAGGUCCCUUUCUCAGACUGACACGCCCCCCCUCUUCGGCGUAAUUAUGACCAGCGGGAAAAGCAAUGUAACUCCUCCAUCAUAUUUCGAGGCUUAACGUGGGGACCAGUUCAUGUUACUGUGUAUAAAACGACCGUGUUUUUCUCAGUGUUGCUAUGUGAAACUCUUUGGUAACUAAAACAGUGUCCCGACUCUAUUUUCUGGCACUUUCCAUCUGCGUUUUCACCAUUUUCGUCCCACGUUUUAUGAUUAUUAUGGUCCAGGUCCUUUAAAGUUGCUAUACGUCCUAAUUAUAAUGUGUUUAAAUUGUAUUUAAUCGUAUUUCGAGGUUAUAUAACUGUGCACGGUACACUGUCCAGCUAUAAGCGCAUGCAUACAUCGCCACCUGCUGGAAUAGGUGUUGUGGUUAUUUGCACUUUCUAUUGAGGGAUUUAAACUCUUUAUAAAGUUAUCUGACCACACAGAGGCAGUAAAGUUACAUUAACAGUUCAAGAGCUGUUGUUGCAUUCACUGACAAUCGGACUUUUUAGCUUCAAAACAUGAGCGUGAAACGUUAAAAUACGGUGAUGUGAAAUAGGACCAUAAUAGUGUAAAAUAUGUAGAAAAAAUGUGUACUUCAUAUAAUUCCUCACACAUUGUUGUAGUUAAGUUUUAACAAAGGUCAGCUGCACAAAGAUUACAUAAAUUAAUAAAUACGGAUAAAAAAGAUAAUAUUAGAUUUAGCAAACCUGCAAAAACAUUUAUUAAAACACGCAAAAGCAUGUAAAGGAAUGCAAGAUUUGUUAGAUUUUUUUAACCGGAUUUUUAGAAAUAGUUUCAAAUUAUAUUACAUUACUUUUUUGUUUUUUUGUUUUGUUUUGUUGGUCAAUAGUUUCAUGUUUAUUUGCAUAUUUUUGUGUUACACGACAUGCUCCUGCAUUUAAAGAAAUAUUUUUGUGUUUUUUUGUUAAAUACAUUGAUGAGAAAUGGGACCAUAAAUGAAUAAAAUAUAUUUUAAAAUGUGUACCUCUUAUGAUUCCUCACACAUUGUUUUAGUAUAAUUUUACUGCCUCAUUUCAACUGCGAUAAAACGUUUUAUAAAUACAUAAAAAAGACAAUAGUUUAUAUAUUAUUAUAUAGUUCACAUUAUAUUACAUUACUUUUUAUCUUAUUAAACAUGUUUUUGUUUGAUUAGGGAUUUUUUGUUUUGUUUGUUUUGGUCAAUAGUUUCGUGUUUAUUUGCAUAUUUUUGUGUUAUGCACAAAAAUAUGCGUAUUUUUGUGUUAACGUAUUUUAACGUUUUGCAUAAAAAUAACAAAAAAUACGCAUAUUUUGUGCGUAACAGACUAUUUUUGAGCCUUCGUAGCCUUUUGCUUUACAGUCUGGCAAUAUUUGCAAAAUAUAAACUAAUGAUUUUUUGCAUCCGCCAGUGCACGCCAAUACACAAGUUGCAUGCUCCUCACUUAAGUUGUGUGGAAAUGCAGUUUAACGUGCAGUGUUUACUUUAAAAACACGGUGGAGAACCUAAACGCAGCGUAUGUUUCCAGGGUGUUGUAUCCAUAGUCUGCGGCACAGCGGCGCUGCAUCACCCCUCCUGCCCGUGUAGGAUUGUCCUCCACCCCCAACACCAACCCACAGCAACCUGAUACCGGAGACGAGCGGUCCAGACAAGCCAGCAAACGAGGCGUUCCCAGCCGCCCUGCCUGUCUGUCUGUCUGCCCAGCGGAGCUUCGAGAGCGUCAAUGCCAAACGCCGCCGACUGCCUCGGGGAGGAUCAGACCGAGAGGCAUCCAUCCCCUCAACCCCGUCGUCUGCCUGACCGGGAGUAAUGAUCUCACUCUGUAGCACACCAGAAAAGCUCACUGUAGGCGCCGUUGACUUGUGAAUAAUUCUUCCUCAACACCGGAGAUCGUGAAAUGAGACGGGACCAGGAGGACUGACUGGCUAGCUUUGAGGGCUAGCGUCGGUUAGCUCCGUUAGCAGUCAGCUUGCAACCCAACCGGGCUAAUUGGCCACUGUUUAAAAGCUGCGUUCCUCAUUGUUUUGUCGGGAAAGUGUUGGAUAUCUCAAAGUUUACGCGUGAGAAUGCUUUGUGGUAGCAUUAUUUAGCUGUGCGUCGGUUAUUUGUGCGUGAUCUACCCUCUUUGCCCAAGUUUUCUUGCUCCAGACAGUCGCCCUGGGCAGCUAGCAUGAGAGCUAGCAGAGAUGGAUGUUGUUCCCUGGCUGGUCGUGGAUGGCUGAUCCGCCAAACAAGUUAGCCUCUCUCGGUUUUAUGUCUGCGGCUCAAAGCGGGACUAACUCAACUUUUAGCGACAGUACACGGUAGUUAUUAAAUCACGCCAUCCGACCCCCCGACACAACAGCGCCUCUUUUCCGCACAGUUUUCUCGAUGUGCUCCAUGCCUGAGGGGUCAGUUCAAGUUAUUGAGCUGACGUGAGGAGAAAAAAAAGAGAGGAGGUGAAAAAAUUAGUGCAAAAGAAGAAGAAGAACAAGAGAAGAAGAAGAAGUACAACAAGACUUGGAGGAGCUCCAGCUACGAGACCAAAGUCGACGCACACUGUCAUGGCUGUGGGCCGAAUCACGAUGAAAUCUCUCGCUAAAUUUGGGUUUUGCCUGACGAUCCUCCUCACUUCUGUGGCUGGUAAGUGCCCCAUAUUAGUGAAUUGAUUCUUUAAAAUGAGGAAAAUGUGCCUCUCAUGAAUUUUUGAUGUUUUCUUUCGGAUUUCUCGCCGCUGUGUUGCAGAUGUUGCUUAAAAAUGCAAGCCAAACCAUGCUUUUUUUGGGUUGGGACAGCUCUAUACUCGGGUGUAUUUGUGGGAUUAUUGUGCCAUUUUAACACCGAUAAUCUGCCCUACAGACAGGCUAAAUCAGACGUUUUCUAAAUCAUCAUAUCGUCCCUGUGUGUUUGCCUGUCUGGCACACCAGCCAGCCUGUCUAUCCCUAAUCUAUCUUCCCAUCUCUCUGUCUGCCGGGCUCAUCUUUGGAGUGAUCUGUGAAGCCCAUCUCUCUAUAGUCAAGCAAACCUUUACAGAUACCUCCUCCUGAACAGAGCAGCGAAAGCACCCUUGGCUCCAUUUAAUCAUUCUGUGUACAAAGGCCUGGAAAAACACUGCCAAACAUACCGCAGUCCUUGUCUGCCAAGUUGUGCCCCCUGUUCAAGACUUUUGGGCUGAAGCCAGGCUUCUGUGAGACCUUGAGCAUGAUAAGAUAGUAGCCGGGCUGCACAGAGAUGGAAGAACACUGCAUGAGAGGAGGGGAGAGGUAGGAAUGUGUGGGAAGGCAAAAACAGGUACCUUUGCAGAUGGGUAAUUUAGCUGGAUUGUUGUUGGAAAAUAGCUGUUUUAGGCGUCUAAAUUGCUCAUCUGGCGCUACAAUUGCGUGCAGGGGUGUAAAUGUGAGUGUAAGCAGCUUCUUAAUAAUCAUGUUUUAUCAUGAUGUCUCUGAGCGUGUGUUUUUGCUUAGGCUUGUACGUCCAUUCAUAGACAGGGUAUUAUCAAAAACAGACUAAUAAGUGCUGUUGCAGAGGACAGGAUGUGACCGUAAUUUGAAUACAUACUGUGCCUGGGUUCAUUACUUAAAACUGGUCGUGCAGAGAGACUUUGCUCCUAUUUGCAUUUACAUUUGCAUUUAACAGACAAGUGGUAGUCUGAGUGUUUUUUAAUUUGCACUUAGAUAAAAUGGCAAGCAAGGGCUGCAAGUGUAAUUGCUGUAAAGCACAGACAUCUUCUGAUUAUACAUAACAACUGUACACAAACAAAUAGAGGAGGAAGGCUUGGUGCUUUAGCUUCAUUUUAGGAACGCUGGAGUUAAUAGAGGUAAAAAUAACAGAGAGGUGAUUCAGCAGAGAGAGCAGGACAUGGAGCAUCUCUUGAAGGGAUGAUGUGUCAGGUUGUGACGUAGGAUCCGAACGGGGAGGGAUGGGGGGUGGAAGAGUGCAGAUUUCAUUCCAAGUCUUAGUAUUUGGCGAAACGCAAAACAGGCAUUGAUCAUUCCAGAACAAGCGCCGAAAGAUUUCUCAUCACUUGGAAAUAUUACAGCCGUGAUAAGCUCACCUUUUAUGAGAGUUGACAUGCAAAUUAGUAUCCCCCUGGAGCGGUUUAACAGCUUCACUGACUGUCAGAGGAUUGACAGAUUCACUCAAUAAUCAGUACAAGGACGAUUAAUGGAUACUUGUAUGCACGCGAGCCAUGUAAACAGCCAAUAAAUUCAAAUUGUUGCUCUGUGCGAAAUUAAUUAGGGCAGCAGUCAGACUUUGUUGGCAUAAUGGGUGUAAGGAGACAGGAGACAAACCGCUCACUCCGUCUGAGCGGCUGUUCGCUUCAUGAAUGGGAAAAGAAGAGAUCUCCCAGUGCUCGUUUUCCAAGGAUGAUACUUGUAAUAAUGAUGAUGAGAGCGAGCAAAGGGCUUAAUCGUCCAGGGGAGUGUGUUAGUCAUCUCUUUGACCCAACACCUUUCCCUUUGCUCUCGCUGUCUCGCUACAGCUUCCCAUCAUCCUUUCCUUCCAACUCGCUUAUUACAUCUGCUAAUUUCUUCUACACGUUCAUUUCCUUCCACCUGUUUGCAGCUGGGCUCUGGUCGUUUUUCUUCUCCUUGUCCCCUGUGACUAAUCAGUGUGUGGGUGUGUGCCGGCUGCUUCCAAAUCUGGAACCGAAAAAGAUAGUUUCAAACAGAUGCUACCUGCGGUGUGACCAUAGGUGCUCUAAAGUGUUGACCGAGAUUUAGACGACUUGAGCCGAAAUUCUUCUGGAGUGUAGUUCAGCUUGUAGCACAAGCGUGCUCAGAAUGUGUGCCGCAACCCACAUUCAGGCCCCGUUUUUACAGUUGUUCCAGGUAAGCUGGGGGUUUGAGGGGUCCAAAGAGGAUUAGAGCGCAAGUAUUAUACCAAAGCAUAAAAAAAUGCUGCUCAUUUGCUCCGCUUGUCCAAACUGUGAAGCCGUGUCUCGUGGGCUGCAUACUGUGGCGUUGACAGGGCCCACUGUUUGGCAACUGGGCCGCGUCGCCCCUGCCUCCCUGAGCCAAUGGGAGACUCUUGAAACUGUCGGCUCUGGGGUCACGUCAGCAGCUCAGAAGAAAGUGAAGUUAUUGGCUGCAAGAUUAUAGACUCGUUCUAAAUGGCGGCUAGUCUGCUGGUUGAAGUUUGCGCAUACGAAAUGCAGUGAGCUGGGUACAGACUGCUGUCGGCUCUGGCAGUUCAUCGAUGCUUCUUGUGACAAAGUUAGUUAGAGAAGAAUGAGCUGAGGAUGAUUAACAUCGGCUUAAAUGCCAAGUACGAUACAUGUUCAAGAGUGUGUCUCAAUAACAGUGCAGCAGAGACAUUUUGAAAAUAAAAUAGAACGAUCAGAUGUAUGAAUUUUGAGAAACUGCUUUUAAAACACUCUAUUUGCUGUAUAUUUUCUCUUCAUUGACUCUCCAAAUAAAAUAAGUUGAAAUAUUUUCAACCGAGAGCGCUGUGAGUGCAGCAAUAGAAAUCAGCUGAUAGUGAGUGCUGAAAAUGCUGAUCUGCAUUUGGUUUGAAUGGACAACAGGCGCUGCCAGCACAGCUGCUUCAGUGGGAACAGGCCCUUGAUGCGUUUCUAUUUGAUUGAGCAUUUCCUUGAGAUGCACAAGGAGAAAAAGUUGGUGUGUAGCUUUGAAGAGAAUCAGAAGAUCAAACAUACCCUGCUUAAUGCCAGAGGCUUCAACUACAUUAGCCAUCACAAGAAUAACACAGAGCACUAUUCAGUCCUAUUCUGGGUAAUCUGGUUUUCUAUCUGGUGUUGUCAAAGAGGAACGUUUGAAAAGAGUAAUAUAGUCUCUGAAUCUGCAGUGUCGUUAAACUGCUUUUAUUCCCGAUAUUCUCAUAAGGCUAUCAAUGUUAUAAAAUAAAACUGCAACAUCAGUCAGGUCUCUUUAAAUCUGACUAUAAUUCUCUCUAAUAAAACUCUAGUAACUGUCUGAAACUGGAAGAGUCAUCUAAUUUCUCACAGUGAAACAAGAGUACUAAAAGAAAGCAAAAUAAAUAAGGUAAAUCCAGGUAAUUUUUUAUACACACGUGAUGUCAGUGUGUGUACUGCAAUUAAUAGCACCGGUUAUGCUGAGAGCCGAGGGGCUCCUUUUGCUAAACUGCUUCACCGUUUACUCUCAAGCUUGUGUGCUGAAUGUGCAUUAUGGUCAGCAUCCCUAUGGAAGUAAACACAAGAACAGUAAAUGUGUUAAAGUGGCUUGUAAACUGUUAAAAUCAUCCGUAAAGCUCCAAGGCAACCAACCAGUGUGUAAAAGCAAAAAUAGAGGUAAUAUAAUGAUAUGCAUUGAUUUCCAGCCAUCAGUUUGGCAUCCGUGUUUUUACAAUCUGAGCAAUGUUAUUUAGACGGGAAAAUAAGGAAGAAGUUGCCAGGGCUGCAGGAUAAAAAAGCACAGACUGCGCCCACUUUGAUUCCAUGAUAUUUAGCACUCAGUCAGCAUUAUUAUUUCGUGAGAAGAGAUGACACUGACUGCAGCUGGAAACACACCAAUGAAGGCUAGUAUGGAGGGAGGGUGCUUGGAGCCCAUUUGGGCUCUAAUACAGCCAGCCUCGUACUCUAUUAGAUGAGAAAAAAUCAAUGCCUCUUCUUCUGAGUACCUUAGUCUGAGCGCUGAGAAGAGGUAAAAACAGAAAGCGAGAUACAAUAGAGCAGUGUUCAGCCAACCUUCUGGUUUGGCAAAAAGGAGAAAUUAGUGGAUGUUUUAGAAAACAAAAGGUGCAGCCUUGAGAUGGUAACUCGGAGUGACAGCCUAUGAUUAACACGAAGCGUUCUCCUUGACCAGCAGAGACAAUAAGUCUAGAGCGCGCAAAAAAUGUUACUCAGAGUAUGGAUGAGCAGUUUUGUGCAGGAUGCUUUGGAUUUUCUUUGAUAGAGGGUGACUUGUUCACAACUGCAAGGCUUUGAGGUGAUAUUGAUCCUGUAUUUAUUUUCCCCGGCAGCUGGGAUGUCACAUCUGUGGGUAUUGCUCCGUCUUUGUUGUUGUCCCCUGUAUGCCUAGUAUAUCUCAGGGCUUAUGUGUUUCUACUCACAUCAGCUUACCACAGCCGCAGCAACAAAGAAGAGUGCAUUUACUAGAUCUCAGUGUUUCAAGCCGUCGCUGAUGAAAGGUGCAGGUUUUCAGGCAAAUAGCGUGCUGACAGCGUUUCUCUGAGAAACUGAAAAAACCAGAAGGGGAGCAAAAGAUUGCUUUGGGGGUUGAUAAAUAUAGUCUGCUUUGUACUGGGUGCUUGAGAGCAAAACUGACACAAACAUAUUUAUGUAUUUUGAACAUGAUGAACUCACAUAUUUGCCAAUGUCAAUAAUUUUAUAGUAAAUUCUCCAAACAAUUUCUCUAUAUUUUGAUUGAUUAAUCACUUAAAUUGUGACCCAGAUACUUUCUGGAUUAGUGGCCUGUUUCACCAGCUCUGCCUAAGUUGUGUUUAACACUAAGGUGCAAAGUCCUCAUGAGUUUGUAGCUUUGGUUGCAUCAUGCAGACUUGAGGUUCAUCUUUACUAGUGAAGCAUAACGUCCAAACUAAACCGAAAUAUUGCGGCAGAUCUGAUUUUUAAAAUUAUUCUGGCUAAACAGUGAAACUUCAGAUAUUUUAGUGCUGACUCAUGCCUGUUAAUCAACUCGCAGAAACAGAGGUUUGUAAAAAGUGACAAAACAUCAUGACAAGGUGAUCAUUAAUCUGCAGCUACAUUGACAUUGACAUUGCUAGUGACAUUGAGCAGUGAAACCCACAGCUACAACAGUGAGUAAUUAUCUCUGUGCAUGGGAAACAAAAUCAGGAGUAUGAAUACUUUUUGAAUUAAUGAAAUGUAUCACGGAGGACAUGUAAUCAGCAGGUAAAACCCUCUGAUUCUUCUCCAUCUUCAGAGUUUUAUUAGUAUUUCACACAUACACUCAGAGCUAAGCUGUAAAUCAAAGUUAGGAUGUGACUAUCUCGGCUGUAACCUAAAACGUUAGCAGAGCGUAAACUCUAUCCUGAAUUAGAAAUUACAUUAUGAAAACAAACUUGGUCAUUGCUCACAUGGAGAAAAUAGAGGAGCUGUCAUGUGGACAUUAUUACUCCAUGAGUUGAAACCUAUUUUAGCAUCCCUGUGCAGCAUUGUUUGCUUCACACUGUCUUUUGUAUCACCAGGAUGGCUAAUCCAUAAUAAAAAGUUGCAUUAGAGAUUUUUCACCACUUUAUGAAGCUCAAACUGAGCUUGUUUUGUCUACCUCUGUCUUCAGAAGGAUUACGGCACGGCAAAUAACUCAGAAAAUUGGUAGAUUAGAACAAUUUAAGAUUUGGAUUAAGAUAUCUUUUGCAUUUUGGUUUGAAAAUGUCUCACUACUGAUUUUAAAAGGGCAUCAGAAGCUUCUAGAUAAAGUAAAAAACCCUCAACAUACCAGACAACCACAAGGUUCCUGUGAUGAUGAUGCUAAAAUAGGUGGAAUGUAAAAGGUAAACAAGCCUGUCAAGCUAUCAUGAAGCUGUCAAAAUCUGUAGUAGUUGUUCUUUUUUAUUACAAGGAAAAGAUGUGGGUCUAAACAAAGGCUAAAUUCAGACACAGCCUGAGUCUAAACUUUUGCUUGUUCAUAAAUAAUCUGAGAUUAUACCCCCCUGCUGAGAGAUGGCAAACACCACUUUGGUCAUCUGUGUUUUCAUCGCAUAUUCAGGAAAGUAAAGGUAUAAAAGACGGGAAGGGUAGGAAGGGAGGGAGGGGGUGAAUUUUGGUAUAAAUGCAUCGUGGUCAAUAAUGGAGGCCUCUAAGCUUUGAGGGUAGCAUAAGCCCCAGGAUUAGCAUAACUGUACCAGACCCAGACAGACACAGACUGAGCGCUGGUGUUUUUGAGGGAGGGGGGUGGGCAGUCCCGAGGCAACAGAUGGGGCAGAUUAAAGUCCACCACCAACCAACCAACCAAACCCCCCUUCUUUUUCCUCUUUGCCCACCCCGACAUCUUUAAACUCAAGCAGGGGACUUGGGGAAUCAGGGAGUGUCAGCAAAAUAGCCCCCCGAAACGCAUCCAUCCUGGCUCAGCAACAAGCGUGCACCCAAACAGCAGCAGCAGGUAGGAUAAGGCGGCACGUGCCUCUGAUGGUUGGUGGUGUGUGGCAGCUUGAGCUUUUGGGAUGACGAUAAGACCGUGCACAUGGGCAUACAUUUAUCUUUAGAUAUGCCGGCCACGCAUGAUGACACAUUAUUGGUUUCUGGUGGGAUCCUGUCUGCUUAACCCAGCAGCGAAAGCAAACAGAGAGGAAGACCGUCUACUGCCUUAGACAUUAGUAUACAGCGUGUGUAUCUAGCAGGAUUAGUCUGGUUUUAAUCCCUAUAAUAAUUUUGGCUCAGGUGUGUGUUAAUGAAGCAGAGGGACAGAGUGAGCCCCGAAAGCAAGUAUUACAAGGGCAUAUAUAUCAUUUUGUAAUACCCACUGGAGAAAAAAAGUGUCUUUAAAACCAAUAAAUAACUGUGAUCUCUAUUCUGAUCAAAAUACUGAUGGUUAUCAUUAUGGCCAUGAUUGGUUUCCAGUAUCAAAGUGUUUUGUUUUUUUUUUACUGGCAUUGCACUUCUGCUCGCCAAAAUUGUUCCCCUGAGAAAUCAAGCUGUCAAGAGUUUAUAAGGUAGGUUCUGGCCCUAAGCACUAACUGCCAUACUUACAGCAUACAUUUUAGAUACAGUCAGCAAAGGCCCUGACAUUGCAGCCAGUACCAUCCCUGCUCUUCCCAUGAUACCCCAGCAAGAGAGCGCUGCUUGAAUACUUCAGUGGAUGCGGACAGGGCACGCAUGUCUGCAGAGGAGAUGCUGUGUGCACUAGUGCAUCAAGCACGUUUUAGCCUGUAGUCAAGAGUGCUUCCCUGCCCUUGCACCCUCUAUUCCUGUCUCUAAUCUUGACUGUGAACUCAGAGGCAGUUGUGGAGAGAAAACAGUCACCACAUCAGCGGCACUCUGUGACUUUUAAUCAAGUCUCAGACUGCCGUGUCUUACAUCUCUCCUAUAGGCCUUGGCAGCGAGGAAGGAGAGAGCCAGAUUAGAUCGCUGUUGUUUUUUAGCAGCGAGGCUGAGGGGACGGGGGUAGUCCAAGAGUCGGGAGGGGAUGGGAGGGUGCACCGAAGGCCAAUUGGGGGAGGAGGGGAGAGAGAUUAGCAAAUAACUGGGCCAUGGGUAAACACUCAGCAGUGCUGGGGAUUCAUCCAAUGAGCAGGCUUGGAGCAGAAAACUACUCCAGAGCCUUUUGAUAUGACUACCCUCUCUCUUUCUUUCUCCCUCUCUCUCUCAUCUGACUCGCUCCACUGGCCUUGCCUGCAUACUCUGACCCACAAUCCAAUACUGCAGUGGAAAGCCAAGAUCACACAGCAAGCUCCACAUAGCAGAACCAGGGACAGAGCCUGCCUCGGCCAAUCAGAGAUACUCACAGAGAUUGGCAUCCAACCAGAAACUCCCAGAAGAAAGACAGAAUUCAGUCAAAGAACCAACCGCGACCGAGCAGGGUGACAGACAAACCAAUGAAAUGUGUCUACAAAAGUGCCCCCAUGGCUCAGACUGCAAAUGAGCAAAACCUGCUUUAGUUUGGGCUCCAAUACAUGCCACACUGACUUUCUUUUCUGUUCACUGUUUGCUGAAUUGAACUGCUAAACCCAAUAUAUAUAGUCCAGCAAUGCGGGAAAUUUGCAAUACGGAGCAGCUACAAUGUGAUCUGUUUACAAAGGCAUAUUGCUUUUGGUCUUUCCAUCAGUGCAACAAAAACACACUGAAACACCAUUAACAACCACAAAAGUCUUGUGAAUGAAAACACAUCUUUAAUUUCUAGACAGAGAACCUAGCUUUUAUCUGCUUUUCGGGUUUUUCAUGCCUGUGAGCUCCUCUAGACCGAGCAUCAUUAUGAGGGAUUUCAUUUCAUAGCCUUGAAUUAUAGUAAAAACGUUAAUAAUUAAUGCUGAGGCAUAGAGUAUCUACCCAGCUUUGGGAGGCAGACAGGAGAUACUCUGCUCUAUGGAUUUUUCUCUUCCCAAUUCUCGCACACAAGGUCAGUUUGUGUGGUUUGACUGUCUCAGGGUGUUGUCACAAGCGAGGAACUUCCUACUAUUGUUCUUAAUGUUUCUCCUCUUUUCCCAAGAGUUUCUUCUCUGCAACUCUUGUCCUCCCAGCCAUCGCCCACUCCUCUCCAUUUCUGGUAAUUAGAAAGGAAGUGCAUUCAAGACAGAACAGAUCACUGUUGAAGCUGUUACGGGAUGUCGCCUUUUAGCCUAGAUUACCAUCAAGGGAGGGGCACAACUUCUCACACCAUCACUGUAAAUCAUUUGGCCAAAAGUUUAUUAUGAAACCAGUGAGGGAAUAGAAGUGAAGGAUGUUGGAGAUGGCUAACAAUAAAACAGAGUGAUAUUCUACAGAAAUAGAGCUGUCAUUUCAGUGUAAAAACAGAAGCAGGUUCCUACCGAGAUCGAACUUUUCAGCUUUAAUGACAACUGUUGUGAGUGGACUGUCAUAGUUGUACUUAGUGAGCAAUUAAAGCAAAAAAAAAGUCUCACUCUGACUUUUUUUUAUGUCUUUGGCUAACUUAUUUUCAAAAUUAAAGCUCAUAUGAGGAACUUUCUAUUUGGGUCAAUUCUGGCGCCCCCUGUGGACGAAGCAAUCUUUGCCUAUUUUAUCCCCUACAUGCUCAAGUGGCAUCUUGUUCCAAAAAACCUCACCCUACUGACUCUUGACAGUUAAAUAUAUCAUAUUGUAAAUAUCAGGGCUGUUUUUUCAGCUGCUCUCCUGACACCUACCCCCUCGCACCUUUUUUAAGUGUUAAAAAUAACUGAAUAAAAAUAGCUAAUCUUGUUUUUAAUAGUCUUGUUUACUUUUGUAUAUUUUAAAAAAAAAGCAUCAGUAUGAAUUUUAGUUUAUUUCAUAAAUAUCAAAUAAUUCCACACAGGAGCUUUAACUUCAUUUAUUAAUUUUAAAUAGUCAGUUGAUCCACAAUAGGAUGACAACUAACAAAGGCUUAGGUUGACUCUAAAGAUUCAAAUUUAUUCAUAUAAAAAAUAAUUCAAUGGUACAGCUAGAAAAAAGGGUCUCCAGAUUCCACAGUUUGUAGCACCUUCAUGGAAAUCGUUCGUUCAUUUCAGCCUACUUUCCGGCUGAUUUAGCAUUCAAAUUGACAUUUUCUUUCACAGUCGAGUUAAAACAUCACUGGUUUACUGAACUGUUGCAUAAGAUUAGACACUGCGCCCGGAGCUAAUCAUCUGCCCUGUAACUUGUGGCAUUUUCUUUUCCCUCAGGCAGGUCUCCAACACUGCAAAAGCCUCUAAUGUGUUUAACUUUAUCUUCUAUUAUUUUUUAUUGUGACUUGUCAGCUCUUAACUAAGAAUCUAAAUUUUUGCGUAAAUAUUAGAAAUAUAUCCUCCAUGUAUUUGCUGCAGUGUCGACAUGAAGAGGUGAUAUGUGCUCAGCUUUUUCCCACAGACUGGCUUGAUAGGAUGUUGAGCGUUAACCACUGUUGUUCAUGAGCUUUGUUUCAUCAGAAUAAAGAUUUUAUUGUAUCACUGACAUCCCAAGGCCAAAGGAGCAUGAAAUUAUAUGCGGCUAUUUUUAUGUGAAGAAAGCUUGUAAGCAGCUAAUAUCUGUCUUUAUUGCAGGCGAGAGUGCACUUUACCAAACUCUUUUGGUUAUUUCUUUUUAACUCUUCUCUGCUCUCCUCUGUUAACACGUCCUCCAGAAGCAAGGGCAGCUUGAAAUGCUUAUUUUCAGCUCGGAGAAAAUAGACGACAAAAAAAAAGAGAGAACAGAUGAAAGCUGUGUUAGCAGCAGAUAAGCCUCCAUUUCCUUUAAGUUACUAAAUAAAAGAUCUUUAAACUAGAAGUGUUUGCAGCCCUUUAAAUGGACGUUGAACUUCAUUACAAUAAUUAGAAGUAAAUGAACAAAGUGUUUUCCGGCCGCAUCGAUCAGGAACUUUGCCAGACGCCACAAGAUGUGAGCUUGAUCUGUGCCCUCGAGAGAAAAGUGGUAAAAUAUGAAUGAAUGUUUGAUGGUGGGAUUGUUGUUCAUUUUGGGGGAAUCAAGCCUUUUUUGGAUCAGUUAUAAUCAAAAAAACUACAGCUGGUUGUGUUACUUUUUGCGCUUAUCUGCUAAAGAAUCACUCACCAUGUUGGCGCCUGGUUUUCUCAGUGCUUUGAGAGCAAGAGCACGCACAGUAUGACACAUUAUGUAUGGUAAUUAUGGAGCACAUGUACCAUUUGGUGGUCAUUUUAACCCAGAGCUUGUUAAUGUGCUGAAACAACAUCCAAGAGGAGUGUUGUCUGCUCUUUUGGGAAUCUAACCGCUAGCCCAGCCGGUGACUUUGUCAGCUCAUUAAAAUUCAGUUUCCUCAUCAAAAUGAAAAUUCCUCCACAAGUUUAACCCUCAGUUUGAACUCCUCUCCCACUCUGCGUGUGCGCGCGCUGUGCUUCCCCCUGUAGGCAAAGAUGGUCCCACAGAACAGUAGGCAGCAAAGGCCCACAGGUUGAGGGCAGCCGAGGCCCACAGUAGGCCAGGGUUGAUAGCUUUAUCUGCGGAUGGGAGCAGAGGAGGAAAGUUGGCGCGCUGCCCAGGAGCGCUACCACUCCAUCGCGUCACUCUCUGCCCACACAGGCUAGCUUGACCUUGGGCAGGGCACAGUCACCCUCCCUCCCCUCCCUCCAUAACAGACGCCCCCCCACCCCCUCUCCCCACCGCUCUUUUUUUCCCCCCAGCUGGAGGAAAGGGAGGAGUUGGGAGAAAGGGAAACAAACUGGCACAUCAUGUUUCUCUUAUCUGAAAUUACCCACGAAGCAGGCGGUGUACACAAACACACACACCGACUCAGGCUCAAACUAUUCCUCCCUGGCAUCUAAUCUACAAGCAACUGGACCCAUAUGCAGGCUUUUCUUCUCUCUUAAACACACAAUUUGACACCAACUUAAGUUCACUGCUCAGAAGAAAACACUCUGACCAAAAAGCUACAAAGGAGUUCAUAAAAUAUAACGUGGGUGCUCUCGCUUUGGUGCUGGACUUCUACCUCUGAUUCUCUGACAUUGAAUUUUCUCCUCUCACAGACAUAUUGCAGGUUUUUUAGUGUGAUUUUAAUGAGGGUUGUUUCAAGCUUUAAUGUCCACUUUUCCUCUGUGCCUCUGCAUGUUUUUGUGUUACGUCCUUCAGGCGAGAGUUUAAAUUGGUUUUUCUAUUGAUCUUUGGCUUGUGAGAGGCAGCAGUCUUUGCAGGCAGACGCUUUUUUUUUUCAGCUGUGGAUUAUUCUUCCUGUGUAGACAGACGCAGUAUCAAUCUAUCACUGUAGCGUUUGUAGCAGACAAGAACUGUCUGUCUGUAUGUGUAUGGAUUAUAAUGAAUAAAUUAUGUACACACUCUUUACAAGAUGAGAUCUGCAUGUUCACGAUGCUGAGAAGUGUUCAUCUUAAAUGUGCAUAUUAAAAGUGCUUCUGUGUCGGUAAAAUGAGCGUAAUCGAUAAAGAAAUGUGAUGAAUUGACAUGAAUUAAUGAAGCUGUAAGGCUAUCUUACUCGCUUUCCCCUCCCUUCAUGUCCUCAUUAAUGCAAACUCAGACACUGCCACCAUUUCAGAGUUAAACAUCUUUGCCCCCCUUCAUCAAACUAACCUAUUCACUUUGUCGCACUGCAAAGCGCAGCCUCGUUUUUUGGCGAGAAAAUGAGAUACGACUCAACCCGUUUUUCUGUCUUUUCACAGCGGCGCAGGGGGAGGAGCGGGAGUGUGCCUUCACGGACCAGCAGCAGCAGUGGGAGGUGGAGCGAGUGGCGGGGGGCGAAGGCCGGGUCUCUCCAGAAAACACAACCAUCCGAUGUGCCAAGGGCAGCCACUGUUUUGGCCUGUGGGAGAAAAGUCCCCCGGGCGAAGUACGACUAGUUAAACAAGGUACAACCUGAGAGACAGUGUAGUAUUUGUACGAGAGGGAGUCAUGCAGACGAAUUCCACAGAUAUCUUCGUAAUGGGUGCUUGAAUUUCCUCUGUGACUAACCCCCAACCUUUGAAGUGUGACUGUUGAAAGUCUGAAAGGCUGUUUCUGCAGCUACAAGUGACAAUUACAGGUCGAGUUGUCUGAUAAUGGUCCAAGUUGUGGAGAGGUCUAAAAUACACCAGCGGGCAUUGAAAGAAAAUCACCUAACCUUUGCACUGAUUAGAUACCCUCAAUUUUUUGGCCUAAAAAAAGUAACCGGCAUCUUAAGGUAAUUAAAUCACGAUGACUGCUGCUGGUUCAAGCAGCCAAACAGAGCUGCUGAUGAGGGUAAUUCAUCAUAUAGCACCGAACCUGGGGGGAGCGGGCAUUCUCCACAGUUGCCCCUACCACUCUCCAUCAGACACUGCCCUGACCCCACGACUUUUAAAUCCCUUUUAAAAACUCAUUUAUUUAAAAUUGCUUUUAAUAUUUAACUGUUUUAUUCAUUUUAUUUCUACUGUUUUUAUGUCUUUGUUUUAUUACCUUGGGCUUUAUGUACUAUGUAAAGCGUCUUUGAGUGUUUUUAAAAGCGCUGUACAAAUAAAAUGAAUUAUUAUUAUUAUUAUAUAACGAUAGAUGACAGCAACAACUUGGUGCUUGCAGACGAUGAAGGCUAGUUUACAGCAGACGGUACAAUUCUUUUAUCACACUUGAUAAUGAGAUUAGAGUUAGACUUGGUAUCAAAGGUUUAGGAUCAGUAUUAGAGCCUGUGUAUUAUGAGAUAACAGCAACUUUUGCAAUCAGUCAGAAAACUUUCUUCAGUCUGUCAGGAAACAUUAUCUCUCUUAAGUUAUUGGCCGUGAUCUCCAAACGCCUCACUAUAUUGACCUGGGCGAUGGUGUGUUUAAUAGCUUCUUCGAUUUCUCAAACAGAACAUUCUCGAGCUGAUAAGUGUGAACCUCCUCUCUCUGUUUCGUCACCAUCUCCUGACUCAAUUAAAUCCCUCCUCUCUGUCAGGUUGCUGGACUCACCUGGGUGACCAUCAGGGUUGCCGCAAAGACCGCUGCGUGGUGACCAACUUGCCGCCGCAGAUCCAGAACGGGACGUACCACUUCUGCUGCUGCGGCAGCGAUAUGUGCAAUGUCAACUUCACCGAGGACUUCCCGCCGCCCGGCACGACCACGCCACAACCCACCUGUAAGCACAAAUAAGCACAAUAGAUCAUAGAAGAAGAGGAGGGGACAGUUUAAAACUUUUCUCCAGUUACAGUCUGUGAUUUUCAAGGUUAAUUCCACAUUCAGAGGUUUUUAAGGGAAAUCACUCCAUCAAAAGGUCACUUUAACUUCUGAGAAGAAUUACAUUAAAGCACGACUUCGGUUGCGAAUAUCUGAAUUCAACCUGACGAAGCAUCUUUAGCAGCUAAAUUGACUCCAUGCUCCAAGAGAAUGAACUUUCCUGCAGAGGUUAUAACUUUCUCUUAUACAACCAAGCUCAUAGGGCGGAGGGGGAAAUGAAUGAAUGAGUGAGAAAUGACUAACAAAGCAAAGAGCGGGAGAAAUAACGAAUGUGCGCCCACACGGUCGUGAAAUCCAAAGCUAUUAACGGGGAAGAAUGAAAGGAUGUUUGAUAUCAUCAGAGCUGCUGCACCUACACCUACUUGUAGCUACUUUUUCUCUCUCCCUCCUCCUCCUCCUCCUCUGCUUCAUCAUUCGACACACAGCUCAGUAUGAAGCUCCUUGAUUGCCUUCCAUUAUGAACCUUGACAACUGUGAAUUGCAAGAAUGAAUUGGUUCACCGGAAGAUAGGCUUUUGUUGCAUUUUUAGUGUCCUCCCUGUGUGGCUGCUAUAGAUUAUAUGCACUAAAAGGCCGUGAAAGUGGCAGAUAUUGAAUUCUGUUUCCAUGCUAGUCCACUGAGGGAUUUAUUUUAAGCUGCUUGUGUGUUCUUAGCAAGGUGUUAAACAAAGCAAACAGACGUAUUGUUAUUUGUUCCUUCCCUUAAAGCGUUAGCUUUGAAUGAAAGCUGUGUGUGUGGUAGGAGGAGCAGGGGGAGGGGAACCUGGGGGAGGGUGGCAGCAGCAGUGGCGACGGCGGUGGCUCAUCAUCUCUCCUGCCCACACAUAAACACAAACAUACACUCUCCACCAUCCAUGUCGUCGCUCCGCAUUCCACGGAUUACAAGGCGUCUGCUCUAUCUGUCUGUCUGCGGGCGUGUCGGUGACUGCUGCGCCGGGCAGAAAGAUGACGAGACAAAACACACAGAAAAUAAUAAUUUGGUGUCAGGGAGAGGGGUUAAUUGAUCAGAGGAGCUUGAGUUUGGGUCAUCUCAUAACCUUAAACCAUGUUUGUGUGGUUAGAAAGACGGUUCUGACAUGUCUGGGCAGAUCUGUGUCAGAUCGUCAGUUGUUUUGCAAAGUAGGAAAUGAUUCGUGUCAGUUGGACGUCUGGGUAAUCUUAAGCCGAGACGCAUGGGUGACGACAUUCAGGUGGGAAGGUGUCAGAAGGUAUACUUACAUCUUUUAUGGCAGCGUAAGAAGCAGUAUCAUGUUACAGGAAAUAUACAUAAACAAGGAAGCAAGUAUAGGUUUGAUAACAUAAGGGUAAAAGUACAAAGAUCCUUGUGUAAGCGUAACUUAUAUCGCAGCUGCUAAAGUACAAAGAGUGAAACACUCCCAGGCUUGUUUCAGUCUUCAGAAUCGGCUCAGUAAGUUAUAGCAGUAGAGCUAAUUUUAAAGGCACCCUGUGGCCUUUUCUGUAAACAAACUAAAGUUUUGUUUACAUUAAAUGUUUCCCAAUAAUACACAUUGUAUGUGUCCUGGAGGUCCUGUUAAUAUUCUGGAUGUAUUUCCUUCCUCAUAAAACUUGCAGAGUCAGGUUUUUAAAAAAGCAUUACAAAUAAGAGGAACAGAAACAAAUAGGAGCCAAGUUUAAGAGAUACUCAAGGCUCAUUUCCACUCCUACCUCCUUUUUUCUUGAAGUGCCCUUGGUGAAACCUCCCCCUCCCCUUAUAAAGUGGGACAACCUGUGAGGGCUCAGAUAUGUCAUAACUUGACAUGAUCUGCAUUUACAUAAUCAGACAAACUGUUAGCUUGCAAGCUAGCCAUACCAAGAGAUGAGCAUAAUACUGAAAUAACAUUAAACUAUGAUAAUUUAUUCUCACUUCAGACUGACAAAUACUUGUCAAUCCCAGCUUUUCAUGUGUCCUGACUCAGCAUGUUUCUCUGACAUGUAAGACAAGCUUUCAAUACCACGGAUAGUUUAAACAACCUCCCAGUGCAUGUUUAUGUGUUUCAGCCUGUGUUUGUCAGAAAGCUUCCUGUGCGGCCCCCUUGUUGAUCAUGAACCUGCUGACCCCAGCAUUCGGAGGGAACCACGUCAACCCCCAUGGGUGCACGUGUUUAUGUGUGCGUGUGCGUGCAAUGUUCAUACUAGUGUGUCAGUCAAAGCGACCCUAAGGCUCUCAAAGCCAUCAAUUAUUGAUAAAGGUGGUGUCUCGCGGCAGCGCCGGCGUGUUGUCUGACGUAGAGAAUGCAGGAGUGUUUUAUUUUUCAGUGUAGCUGCUCUGGAAUUGAGUCUCUGCAGUGUAGGGUAUAGUGCAGUGGUAUAUAGGGGGAAGCAAGUGUUCUUAUAUUUAAGCUCUGUGUGAGUGUGUGCGUGUUUUGUCUCCAGAGUAGCACUUAAAGCUGAUGCAGCUUCAUUAAUCACAAAUACCAGACAGCUAAAACUGCAGCUUCCUCAGCUAACUGCUCCUACCUACCAUCUGACCAGCUCUCUCUGUUUUUACAUAUUUUCUUUCUCUCCUGCUCUCUCCAUUCACUUCCCACACAUCCUCUGUUUCUCUUUUUUCCUCUCCCUGCACCGUUUUUUUCCAGUCUGUUGACCAUGCUUCAUGGCUGUUUGGCUUAAUUGAUGUUUUUUCUUUCCCUCCUUUUUCCUUCACGCGCUCCACAGCGUGAGUGGUUGUUCGCAAACACACAUUGCACAAGACAUUUCGGUGUGUGUAAGUCCGCCAUUGGCGUGUGUAAUUAUUGACGUGGAAGGAAAACAACAAACACACCGUGAGUCCACUUACCAGUCCAUUCAAAAAAUAGUUCUAAAGGUGUAAAAACGGAGGUUGAACUUUACGACUGUACAGAGUUUGGUCACUUUGAGCGGCGCUAAAUAUUCAGAAAUAAUUCUCACAGACAGAAGGCACAAUGUUUUCGAUAUAACAAUGUAUAAACUGAACAGCACGCUGGUUGUUGACUCGAAAAAGAAGGAGGAUGGUAGAACUUGUUAAAAGGGACCUGACGGUGUUCUGCUGCACAAACUACACCAAAUCUGUUGGGUUGUUUUGUUUGAUAUGUAUUUAUCCAACUUGAGCUGGAAAAUUAUUCUUUGUUUGCUGAAUCUUCACAAAUUUAUACAGAGAAAUACGACUUAAGCAGUAGUAUGAUGCUUUUCUUGCUUUCAGAACAUUAAAUAAAAAUGAAUAAGCGUGACAAAAAAUGAGAAAUGACUUGAAUGAAUGGAGCAGAGAGUCAGGGAAGGGUAGUAGCCAGAAGUUCAACUAGCAAUCCCUGCAACAAGAACUACAGCCUAUGUCAACAGGGUGUGCUCAGACCACUGGUGGAAGUAUAGGUUUAAGAUCGGCAACGUAAUUUUUAGGCUCCCAGUUAUUAGUGGGGAUGUGGUCUGAAUCAAGGCUUGGUCCAAAUCCUCCUCUAGAGUGUGGAAUCAAUACAACUCUUUUACCACUCCUGCCAGAGCUUCCCUGACCCGGUACCAUAAAUAUCGAGCGUGUAAUCUUGAUGCACAAGUGAGUCUGUGUGGGACUGUGGGUUUCACUUGCUAGAAGCUGAACACGUGAAAAUCAGCUGGUCUGCAGAAAAUGAGUCCACCUGUAUGCACGUAUUACUGCCUGUGCUUCUGUAAGUUCAUCUGCUGCUACUGACGGUAAAUGAAUCUUUCGUAAUCACCGCAGAGGUCGUAUGGUAACGAGGAAAAGAUGAAAACUGAUGACACAGUCUGUCAUUUGUACGGUUUAUCUAAAUUUAACUCUAGAUGCACUGAUGUGAAGUGAUCUCUAAUUCAUUUCCUUGCAACCCCUCUUUUGGACUAAACUCCCGCUCAGCUGAUCACAAAAAUAAUAGAUUAAGACCAGAUUAGCUUCAGCUGGAGCGUAAACCGCGUGCCAUAAACAAACAGUGCUGCUGUUUGUCUCAAUUUGCCAGUCACUGCUGUGUGAAACCAUUUUAAUGUGUUGUUUUUCCACCUUGUUAUCGACCUCGACCCCAUACAUGUCUCUCCGAGGCUCAUUAUCUCAUGAAAAAACUUGAGGCAGGGGUGGAUCAACACUCGACUCUGUUGCCCAUCCAUUGUCCUGGAUUGCAUCAGAUCGUGCAGGUAUGCCUCAUAAACUACAAACUCAGGUUGUCAGCCGUGGCCUUCCUCUGGCUCGCCGCUCACAAAUCAAAGACCCAGUGCAAGACCGGAGACCCUCGCUCUUCCCACGUAAAGGUUGCACUCUAAUUUGUACUUUUUGUUUUUGAUGUGUGUGUGUCCCCUCCUUCUUCUUCUUCUUGUAGACACUCGCACACUGGGCUACGAAGAGACGGUAAUUAUCACCCUGGCAACAGUCUCCAUGCUGGCCGUGCUCGCUGUCGCAGCCUUCUUCUGUUACCGCAAGAUGCACGGUGAGUUACCAUGGCGCCAUGCUGUGAGGACGAGCAGGGAACAUUUAUUAUUCAAGGCCGUUCUUUGAAACGCUUUUUUUGUUGGGUUUUCAAUUAAUUUAGUAAAGGGGAUAACGGGAUGAUCUUCAUGUUAAAUGCAUCUGCAUGUUUGGCAUUUUGCUAAGCUUUAUAUGUGUGUGUGUAUGUGUGUGUGUGUGUGUGUGUGUGUGUGUUAACAGGAAACGGUAAGCAGGGUCUGCACAACCUGAAUAUGAUGGAGGCUGCUGGCUCUGAGAGCUCCUUGGACCUGGACAAUCUCAAACUGCUGGAGGUCAGUGCCCUCUCACGCACAUCUGUCCGUCUGUGACCCUUAUUAAGUCUUUUUUCAACACCUCAAAGAAAAAAAAACAAACUGGAGUUGUGAAAAGGGUGUAAACGAAGAGAGAGAGAUGUGUAGAACUAAUCCGACACGUUUAGAGGCAUGCUGCGCUCUUAUUUGAAUUUCUAGACACACACUCGUCCUUUACCUGCAUGAAAAGUGUUUUGCAAGGAAUCAUUUCCAUGCCAAACAUGAAGCAUGCCCACCGGGGGAGAAACACUAGAAAGCUCCCUGGACCUUGAGAAUCUCAAACUGUUGGAGGUUAGCGUGCAAAGACGUCCAUCUGCCCAUGUCUGUGUCUUCUAAAUUUUUUACUGUAGGUCAAAACAGUCAUGUGCUCAUCAAAUGAAUCAAUUUGUUUUGGCUCAGAGACGUAUUCAGAGUGCCAGAACAUCACUGUGUAAUACUACUCCCUCUUACAAAACGAGCCAAUCGAGAGCAGCUACAGCAGGGAUUGUAAAUAGUUUAAAGGCAAUUAAACAAAUCCAGAUUUAGUAACACACUCGUGAUGUGUGUAGAGGGUUAGUUCUCCCUGAUAGCAGCGGCGAUGUAUACGGUAGCAUCAAAAAAAUCAAUCCCUCUCCACAGGAUGACUCACUACAUUUUUUUUACACCCCAAAUCCUGCAGAUUUCUACUGCCUGUUUCUAGAAGAUGAAAGCUUGUAUCAUCGGUUUAGACAUGUUGUGCUCACGCAGACUUCAGUACCCUGACAAACAGCGAGCGUGUACGCGUGUGUGUGGAGCGGGGAGAGAAACAAGAGUAAGAUAAAGAAAGGAGAAACCAAAGGCACAGAGGCGAAAAAUAAACUCAAAAUACAUCAAGGUUUAGGGUUACAUUUGUCGUUUCAAUGUGACCUGUAUCAUCGGAUCAUGGCGGGGCGCACAAAAAUAGGAUUUUGCUUACAGUGACACCAGAUCCGGAAAACCUGAUAGGGAUGCAGGGAGGCUCAUAUUGUGAUAGGAAGUCAAUGGAGCCCGGAUGAUAUUCAGAGCGCCGCAGUGACAUUAUAAGAAGGAGGGAGGGAUUAAGGAGGCAGGCAGGAGAAACGAGCGCGGUGACUGAUUUGAAUAAACCCAGCCAAAGGAGACACCUAGAUGACAGGCGCAACUUUUUAAACGCAAUUGAACUUUUCUAAAAACGUUCCCAUCUCUACAUUUUGUCACUUCUUUUUCUCGGGAUUUUAAAUUGAAAGACUAACUGCUGAAACGCCAGAAAUUUUUUCACAGAUGAAAGCCAGAAAAUUCCACCUUUUUUUAUCUGGGGUCUUGUUUUCAUAACCGUGGCCCGCUCUGGCUGUGAGUUAUAAAAAUUUGCACUCUCUACCUCUGUUUUAAAAAUUUAGGCGAAACCGCAUACACGGGGACUAGCAGUUCAAGGCAGGAAAAGCUUUCACUAUUACCUAAUUGGGUCCAUUUUGACUAUUACUCAUACUCAGAAUGCUCUUCAUUACGCAGGUUUGACAAAAUUUCCAUUUUAGCUCUCUGGUUUAUUGUUCAAGGAUCUUGUUUUCUUGUGUGUUUAAUUUACUGCAGUGCACCAAAACCAAGCAUAGAGUUAUCUCUUGUUAAGUGCACUUCAACUCUCUUCAGGUUUACUGAAAACGACUUAAAUUUUUGGUGGCAUUUGACUGGAAAGCUAAAGAGACAGAUAAGAAAGAUAAACCCAGAGUUUGCUUAAAGGAACGGCCCAAAGUUUUAUUAUCUUGAUAUGACUCUUGGUGAGUUUUCUAAAAACACAAAUCGAACAGGGCAGCAUGAUGCCUCCUACAUGAAAUGUUACCUUCCUCAGAGAUUGAACUUUCUCUUCAGUUUCCUGAAACAAUGAAGAGGCAGCCAAUCAGUUCAGAAUAUAAUCAUCCAACUUCUGAGAGGCAGCUUUCUUUCUUCCAAUCUUUUGACAUCUAUUUAGUGCGUUUCAGACCAGAGACAGGCUGUGAUAUCUUUUCAAGCAGGAUCUGAAUUCAGAACGCCGUCCUUGUGCCUUAUCAAAUGCAGGCACACGUUCUUUCACAUCAGGCUGGUUACCAAGGGGGGGCCAGCAGUUAUCCUUACUCACAGACAAAACAGUCCAGCGCUUUCACAGUAUGUUUUAUAGCUGGAGAUAAAUGUGUUCGGCAGACGUGGAGGUGGAAACCACACAGAAAUGAAUGCACUCUUCUUUUUUUUUCCUUUCUUACGCUCACGCAGAUGACUUUUAAAGCUGAAUGUUUGGCCCUUAAUGGCAUGCUGCGCUCUGGCUAAUUCAGGACACUAAUUGAAUGAUUGGGAACUGACUUUAGGCCAUUUUCACUGUUUGACCCUGCUGUUUGCCUUUAAUGUAGUUUGCUUCCUAUCUCCCUGCCUCCCUGCCUGCCUGCCUGUCUUUAUUUCUGUUUGUCCCACUCUUAAGCAGCUUCUGGAUUUUGUCGUUUUAAAGAUAUCUUUAUCUUGACUCGUCAUUAUCCCCCAAGCAUUUUCAAAGCAGAAAACAAAAUUGCCAACUUCAUAUUUCCUCUUUUAGACAAACCAGAUCUAAAGGUCUACAAUUACAACAAAAUAAUCCAUCAAUCUGUUAUUUCUUUUAGCUGAUCGGGCGGGGUAGAUAUGGCGCCGUGUACUGCGGCUCUCUGGACGAACGGCCCGUGGCUGUGAAGGUGUUCACCGCGGCCAACCGGCAGAACUUUCUCAAUGAAUGCUCCAUCUACCGGCUACCGCUGCUGGAGCAUGACAACAUCGCACGGUUUGUUGCCGCCGACGAGCGGACGGGCUCAGAGGGGCGCACCGAGUACCUGCUGGUCAUGGACUACUACCCACAUGUAAGUAGGAGGGAAGAGGAAUGUAUGUAGAUAGUGUGUGUGUGUUUAAAUAACAUACAGUUGUUUGUGUUAUUUGUGACCGUAUGCAGUUCCAGCAGCUGCACACACUUGAUAAAUAAUAUGAUUAUUUGCAGAUAUUUCUACGUUUGAAGACAUGUUACAAAAUGUUAGGAAUAUGAGGCAUUCCAAGCCUGCAGGGAUGAGAAUAUCAAUAACUCCUUUAGCCAACUAGCAACUCUGACGUUCAGAUGUUCGGUCGACCAAUCACACAGCAAGUAUACUUAACUGCUGGUUCAGGGAAGGGGGUUUUUAGUGGGCAGAAGGACACACCUGUUGGGCAAACUGAUUUGUUUUCAUGGUCAAAUAAGAUAGAAAAUGUCAACAGUGUGGGACUUUGCCGCUGUCCCUGAGAGAGAUCCGCUACAUGCAGUUGGUGAAACAUGGCACAUUUACCAAGAAGUUAUCUGUAUCAGCGCGUAUUCUCACAACUGGUGCAGCCCUAGUUUACCCUGAUUAAAUUUGUAUAACCAAGACUGUCAGUGAAAGGCUGCGACUUCUUUUCUCCGUGACAUAUUUAUAACUAAUCCUUUGACAAAUAAAGGGAAAGCACUAUUAGCGUUGACUUGUACAGGAUGUUUUCUGUGACUAACUUAAAAUUAAAGGCAGCUGAGAGCUUUUGAUUUGAAGCAGCAGCAGUAGGUCAUGUCUGAUAAGCGUCAGCUAAAAAAUCUACAGCUUUGAAGCGGAUAUCAGUGUGAUCAAAUCCCAAACUGCUAAAGUGAAUUGUGUAUGAGAUGGCAAUUUAAGUGAAGCACAGAAACGUCAAGGUGAUUACAGUAUAAGUGUGCGUGCAAUGGCUAUUAAGGGUCAUACAGAUUAUAAUUUUAACAUUAAGUGAUCUUUGCCUCGUCCACAUUUAGGAAACUUAAGUAUAUUGUACAGAUAAAGAACCCUUUUUGGCUCUUAAGAGUAUACAUUUGAACUUGGAGGAUAGCUGGGCCUGCUUCAGCUCUGUUCCCCACUCGAGUGUGGAUUCUGAGGGUUAUUCGAGGUGAAGCCAUCCGAAAAUGAAAGUCUAAUUCUUUCACCUUGCCUCAGCUCUUCUUGCAGACAAACGAACGCACAGCUGAUGCAGCAAAAAUAAAACUUUGACAGUGACUGCUGAAGGCUGCCUCGAGGAACUCCUCUAUAUCAGUGUGAAAGUUCCUUAAAAUGGCCCUUAGCUUUACCAUUUCAAGUCAGCUGACACCCAGCCGGCCUAUGAAUGGAGCUUGUCGUGCAUCAUAACCAUUAAUCUAAUACGCGUCGUCAUGGAGACGGGGUUCAAGCCGGGACAGAAAAGUGAACUGCAUUAUGCAUGCUAGUAAAUGAUAAUAUCAUUUGUUCAAAAUGAACAGUUCUAAUGUAAUUUCUGUUGCUAGCGGAUGCGUGAAUUGCUCUAUGAUUGAUUCUGAUGAGAAAACAUUAAGUGUAUGUGCUCGUGUGUCUCCUUGUGUAUGUAAGGUUGUGUUUGUUUGUGCACCAGGGCCAGGCCGGUAAUGGAUUAUGAAGGUUGAUGGAGAUAAUUGAGGAAGGAAAUUAAUAAUAUCAACCAUAAUUGCUGGUAGAAAUAUGAGCAGAGUGGCUGAUUUUCCUCACAGGGAUUCUUUACUUUAAUGCCACAAUUUAAACCAGGAUUACACACGGCUGUUCCUCCCACAAAAACUCAUCACUCCAGGGAACUUUGAGACCUUUAUUGGAUGGUGAUAAAAUAUUCUGUAAGUCAGUUUUAUUGUGAAACUCUGCCCCUUCUACGGGGAGGUCAGAGCACAAAGUCAGCCUUGUUUAAAGCCCUGAGGUUUAAAUGUGAUGAUAAUUGUUUUGCAGUACGUCAGUCCUGACCUUUUUGGGUUUAUAAACAGCGAGUCUUCCAAGGACUCUGAUUUUUAGAAAAUUCCGAUCGGUUUAGUGUGAGUGGUUGUGUUUGAGAUGAGCCUAACGCACAGUCUCCGGAAAUAAUGAGUCAGCCCCCCUGUGUAAUUGCCUUUUCGCAAGAUAGCUGGCUUAAUCAACAUGGAUGAUGUUGAAAAAUGUAGUUUUCCAAGUUUUUUAGGAUUAACGAUUUAUUUAUUGCAAUAGUGUGAUGUGAUUAUGCUCUAAGUCUGAGGGGUACAGUGAUAAUGAUGAAAGCCUGAAUACAGAGUUCAGCAGGCUGCAUUCUUUUAAUUACCCAAUUAAAAACAAUUCAUAAAUGACAGGAUCACGCUUAUGAAGCCAGGGUCUUCAUGGCCCUCUGUGAGGGGAACAAAAUGUCCAGGGCAAGCUGAGCCUCAGCUAACAAUCACACAGCUUGUUCUAACGAGCUUCAUCUUUUUUUUGGUCGUUUUUUUAAAUAAAUUAACGAGUUAUUUUUUUUCCCCUAGUUGUAUUUUUUUGUAGCUGUCCUCAUUAAACAAACAAACCCUGUAAAAAAUGGCUAAAAUGGUUGAAUAAAGCAGCUAGAGGUUAAAUAAUCUGUCUCUAAGAGAUCCUGGGUGUGUGGGGGGACUGCAAGCUGAGCUCCGACUAAUCUCAAUUUAACUGGAUGUAUUACCUUAUAAAGACAUCUACCUUUAGUUAAUCUGUUUGUAUCGAUUAAAUGUAUGAAUUUUGUUCUUUAUUGCUAUAAUAAUAAACUUUUAAGGAUGUCCUCAUAGGCCUUUUAGAUAGAUAGAUAGAUAGAUAGAUAUACUUUAUUGAUCACAAACUGGGAAAUUCACGUUACAGCAGCAAAAAAAUACAAGAUAAAAUUAAAUAUUAAAUAUAAAGGUAAUUAAAUAUUAACUAUAAUUAAAUAUUAGAUAUAAAAUGAAAUAUAUUUAUUAAAUAUAUUUUAUUUUUUAAUUUAAUUUAAUUUAAUUUAAUUUAAUUUAAUUUAGCCCCCUGAUCCUAAUCUGAUAUUUCUGUCGUAUCCUGAUCUGAUACAUGCCUGGAUAAUAGAGCUUGUUGUUUUACCUCAACGGCUUUUUCCUCUGUGACUUUAGUGAACUUCUCAUCCCGUGUCAUUUAAACUUAGUUUCAUGAAUCAAAUUAGGAAUAUUGAAUGCAGCUCCUCACCCAACAGACAUGUAUUACAAGUUUCUUCAGUAAUAUUUGCACACUGCUCACGGGGUUGCUCAUACUUGCACGUUUGCUUUCUGCUGCAAAUUGUGCUCAAUUUACAACAUCUAAAGUGGGAUGAUUGGCUAAACUUGCAGUUUUUAAAAUUAGUUCUGAUGUGAUAGUUUAGAUUCAGGUUGGGACAUUCCUGUGAACUUUACCUUUUUUUUUUUUUUAAUUCAUCAAACAUUCACUUAAUGUAAAAAUCAUUUAUAUGCAUAUGACUCCACAGUAUUUGUUGUCACACACAAUCGCUUGCUGUUUGUAGUCACCACUUUUGCUUGUUUUCUUCUGUGCUCUUCUUGUGAGCGACUAAAUAAGCUUCUUUUUUUUUCCCCUCCUCUGUCUGUUUUGAUCCGUCUCCUUCCUAUCCCGCCUUCUCCCCCCUCCCUCUCCCUUCUUCCUACUCAGGGCUCUUUAAAUCGCUACCUGGGCGUCCAGACCAAUGACUGGGUCAGCAGCUGUCGGUUGGCUCACUCCGUCACCCGGGGCCUUGCGUACCUGCACACUGAGCUCUUUAAAGGAGGUGAGCUUCAGGGCACGCAGACAGACACACAUACACACACACUCUCUCACAGCUAAUUACAUAACCGCUCACAGUUUACUGAGGCUCAACUUCCAAGGCUGCUGCUUCCAUCUGUUUCCGAGACACAAACACAUUCGAAGAAUUGUGGUGGAAAAUGGGAAGGCUAAGUGCGAAGCCAAGUUUGUUGAUACCAUUAAAAUUCCGAUAGUGUGUGUGUGUGUAUUUGAAGCUUCAAGUGACCUGCACACUGCAGCUCCACGUGGGUCUGUUUGGCUCGCAGCGCUUUGCAUCCCUGCAUUUUGACACACGUACACACGGCGUGCACGCCCAGCCACGAGUAUUUAUAGACUGGCCUCUAGCUAGCCUCAGAGAGAGUGAAAAAAAAAACAGAGAGGGACAAAGUCAGAGGGGGAAGGAGGAAAAGCAAGGGAGAGAUAGGGAUUCAGAUGACAUGUGACUAUCCCUGUGGCUCAAUAACAUCAGACUUUGGAGGCCGAUGUGACAGCAGUGGUUGCGCUCGUUUCUCGUUAUCAGCACAGAUUCACAUCAAACAGGCUCAGAAGUUCACUUGCAGGAAAAGAAUAGAAGUUUUCUGUUCCGUACAACACGUGACAAACACAAGCGGGGGUGUCUCUCUCUCCCCUCUCAAAGCCUGAGGAGAUGGGUAGAGAGCAUGGAAGUGACAGGAGAGAAAGAGAGGGCAGAGCGUAGCCGCUAACAGCAGGGUCUCUCAGGCUUUGAUACCGUCGCCAUCCUCCCCCACUUCUCCCUCACAUCAACAACAAGCAGCAGAUAACUGUGGUGGCUGCCACAACUUCCUGCGUCCCUCUGCUUCACUGCCCCCUCUGCUGGACAGUAUCGUACUGCAGGGAAGAGGCUCCUCUGAUAUGGUCUUAAUCCCAUUGUUGUAGAUUAGAUUAGUGGGUUUAGCUGUCUGUUGACAGUGCAGCUUGCUCUGGUGAACAAAGAGUAAUGAGGGGGAAUGGCGAGCUAUAUGAAGGGAUUUUCUGGAUGUUAUCGCUCAUUAGUCAAUGCCACAAAAAGUGUCCGAGUACAAUGUAUCUGGGAGGCAGGGAAAUUUGGGAGUGCUGCGCAGGUUUAAAUAUUUAAUGAAAGGUAAAUUAGCCCAAAUGUUGUAUCUGGUGUUUUCCUCUGAUCCUCUCUUUGCCGUCCUCCUCACAGACUUGUACAAGCCUGCAGUUUCCCACAGGGAUCUGAACAGCCGGAACGUUCUCGUCAAGACUGACGGCACGUGUGUCAUCAUCGAUUUCGGCCUGUCCAUGAAGUUGACAGGAAACAGGCCGGCGCGUCACGGGGAGGAGGAAAACGCUGCCAUAAGUGAGGUCAGUUCUCAAGAGGAAGCGGAGCUGACAUGAGAUUUUUUUAAGCAUAAGAAAAUCCCCAAAAAGGAAAAGUAGAAAUGCUAUUUUACACAUGGAUUAAAAUGACAUCCUCAUGCCUUCUUUAACUUAUUCUAUCUGCGGGGUGUUAAUGCAGCAGGAUUAUUUUAAGCAAGAUUUACAUCCUGCGGCACCUAAAGUGACCACAAUCCUGUUUGUUGACAAGCAGCAACUGUUCCAGGUCAAAGCGCAGCUUGCUUUUCACAUAACAGACUCAUCUGCUGCCAAAAUUAUGCGUUCACCUUGGCAAUGUGGAGCUAAAAACAUACUCUGAAUAGAAAUGCGGUGACUAGAUAUAAUUAGGAGUCAAAACACUGCUGUAUCCUGGAUAAUCUGGCACAUUCCCUUAUGAAAAACAGUGAUUUUUCAUCUUCUGCACCAGGCUUUAGAUGCCACGGUAAUCAUGUCCGUUUGAUUGGUUUUUUACUUUAAAAGCUUUACAAUAAUUGCUCCCUUGGUUUUACAUUAUUGUAAUCAAAGCAGAGUGUGUCCACUUGAGAGGAAUGGCGUCUCUCUCUACAGAUUUUUGUGUCGAUGCACAGAGACGUUACAACACAUACAACAACAAAGCCUCUAAUUUGAACAUAUGUGGCAUGCUUUGGAGGUUUCGUAUACUCACUGUCUCGGGUUAUGUCUGCUUUUGUCUUUCUGGUGCUUGACUGCGAUGUGCAUAAAGAAAUCUCUUUGUUUUUGAUUCCAUCUGUUUGUUUCGGUACUUUUUCCAAUUAUCCCCUCAGAUUUCUGCUCCUCGUUUAUUUUUCUACCUUUUCAAUCUAUCAGCUCAAAUUUGUUGUUGUACUGCCAGUUAUAGAUUUUGAAGCACAGAAUCAAUCCUUGCCGGAACAACAAAAUGUGCAGUGUGUUCUCAAAGAAAGCUCCUCUCUGAUGCAGGAAAAGAUCAACUAACAGGAAUACAUUUUUCUGCGGAAAAGCCGCGUCUAACUUUGUAGCAUCAUCUUUCAUAGUGUCUAAAUCUCUCUGUGCUUCUUACCCCAUCUUCCACACCUGCCUCGGUUACCAGGUGGGGACAAUCCGGUACAUGGCCCCUGAGGUGCUGGAGGGAGCGGUGAACCUGAGGGACUGCGAGUCAGCGCUGAAGCAGGUGGAUAUGUACGCACUGGGCCUGAUCUACUGGGAGACUUUCAUGAGAUGUACCGACCUCUUCCCCGGUGAGACACACCUAUGAGAGAAUUUUGAGUUGUGUGAUCCAAUAUACAAAUGUUUGCAGCAUAAUUUUCAUUCCUCCAGUAAAACAUGAACGCGUCCCGCCUUUGUUAUAUACUGCAGAUAUAUGCAUUACCAAAGAGUGAGCCAAGGCCAGGGAUCUGAGCCUUUAUUAUUAAGCACAUUCAUCAGCUUAAUGGAUAUUUCUGCCACAUGAAAGAUUUCUAAGCCUCAUCUUUCCUCUUCCUGUCCUACCUCUAGGAGAGUCUGUGCCAGAGUACCAGAUGGCUUUCCAGGCGGAGGCAGGGAACCACCCGACGUUUGAGGACAUGCAGGUCCUUGUAUCCAGGGAGAAGCAACGGCCCAAAUUCCCUGAGGCCUGGAAAGAGAACAGUUUGGUGGGUUUGUUUGUGUCUUCACAGAGUCAAAAUCUAAUUAUAACUUGGUGAUAAGUAGAUUUACACUGUCAGCACAUUAGAAACUGCGGUAAAUUUCUAUGAACGGAGAUUGCUAUCUGCUAAUAUGAGAAAAGCAUGCAAGAAUCUUCACUACUGUCAGUACAUGUCCUGCAAGAGGAAGUGUUUUCAGUCUCAGAGCACCUGCAGCCUGUUUUCUGGCAAUAAAAAGAAACAGCAUGUGCUGCACAUAAAAGUUUAUUUUUGUUUGUUGCUCCAGGUUAUAAACUUAGACGGUGGUAUUUCCAGUCUUUUUGGCAUAUUAAUGAAUAAUUCAUAGCACCAGCCUGUUUGUGUGAGGCUUUAAGUAGCCUCGCCUAAUGUGGGACUGCACUGUUCAGUGUGUGUACAAACUGAAGAGCUUCCAAACUAUCAGCCUGUGAAAAUGAUCAGACCUAUAGGGGCAGUUCAUAUUUACAUGGGAUUUGUACGGUGACCCUAAAGGUCAACUGCACAAGCAUUUACGAUGCAAAAAACAUUUAGCUGACUGCCGCGUUAGAAAAAAAUUCAUGAAUAGCAGGAAUAACGUUAUGAUACCCAGAAAUAUACCAUGAAACACCAAGAUAUUUGAUGGCAUGCAACAACAUUUUACAAACAACAAAGUUCAGCUGAGUGCAUAGACAUUUCCCAACGCACAAAAAUAUCAUGGAACAACAAGUUUGGGAAAUGUUUCAGUGUUUGAAAAACUUAUUUAUUUAGGUUUAGUAAACUAGAAACAAAUCAGAAACAACUUCAGGAAAUCUGUCUGUUGAUGCACAACCUUAAGACAAUAUUUUUUAAAUGCUGUAAAAAAUGAAGAUUAAUUCUGUCUCAUCAAUAAUUGGUGAAUCAUUCCUGUAGGAUUUGAUCUAAAGAUAUGUUACUCGGCUCCGUUCCACAAGUCUGGCCACACUAAGACAUGUUUUCACAUUUGUACAUAACGUCUGUUUAUGUAGGUCUGUUUGCUUAAACAAUGCUGAUACUCAUAGAGGAACUAAAUAUUUGCUUUCAACUUGUAUCUGUGUUUUCUUUGCAAGAGAACAGGGACAAACUCCAAGUCAUGUUUGCAUUACAGACAGUGUUUAUAUUGUUUCCAUUGCUGUUAUUGCUGAUAAUAAACCUGUUUCCAUGUUUCCAACAGGCGGUUCGUUCUUUGAAAGAGACGAUGGAGGACUGUUGGGACCAGGAUGCAGAGGCCCGUCUCACAGCUCAGUGUGCUGAGGAGCGACUGGCAGAACUGCUCCUCAUAUGGGACCGCUCCAAGUCUGUGAGCCCGACACUGAACCCCAUGUCCACGACACUGCACAACGAGAGGUAGGCACAAACACCGAACCCUGACUAACACUUUUUAGUGUUUAAAAAUGCAGAAUUAUGAAAGUUGAUUUAAAGUUUAUUCAACCCUUUUUCCAGAAAUCGUAUGACGCCAAAGUCUGGCCCGUACGCAGACCAUCCCUCCACCUACAUCGAAGAGCACGAGGGUGUGGCGAAGAACACGCAGGCUGACACCACCGGCUCCGUGAGUGGUCGAGCUGGAGGUGGGACAGGAGAGAGAAACAGGAACUCCAUCAAUCAGGAGCGCCAGCAGCAAGCCAACGCCCGCCUUCCCAGCCCAGAGGGCAGCAGCACCAGCAUGGGCUUGAGAGGCAGCCCCUCAGCCUCCACCACAACCACCACCAUUAUAUCUGAGUCUGAGGGUCCUGUAGGGGCCCCCACAGUCCCAGUUUGCCUCCACCUGACACAAGAAGACCUGGAAACCACCAAGCUGGACCCAAAAGAGGUGGAUAAGAACCUGAAGGAGAGCUCAGACGAGAAUCUGAUGGAGCACUCGCAAAAGCAGUUCUGCUCUCCAGAUCCACUGAGCCCGGGCAGCUCUAGCCUUCUUUACCCUCUCAUCAAGAUGGCCACUGAGGCUACAGGGGCGUCAGACCCUGCGGCCGCCAUGCCCGCCACCAUCUUCCCAUUACCUAAGCAGCAAAACCUGCCCAAGAGGCCGUCCAGUCUGCCCCUGCGCAACAAGCCCCCCAAGAAGGAGUCGUCAUCGUCUUCUCUCAGGUUCAAGUUUGGACGCUCUGGGAAGUCUAACCUGCGGCAGGUAGAGGGACAAAAGAUGAACAUUGGUGUGGUAGCAGGCACAAACACAGCUGUGGAGGCUCAUCGGAGCAAUGGCACAAACAACACACCUGUCCUACGAGACACACAUGUCAAUGGCAGCAUAAACGGGGCUGUUAACGGUCAUGCCGGAGCUGGGAUCUCUUCCAUCACAUCAGCUGGAGCCACGGGUUUCGGUGGAUCCAGCAUAACUCAGAACGGAUCCGGAGCCUUGCGGUCGGACGACAGCCGGCUGAGCCUUGGUGUCAUCACAGCCAGCCCAGACGAACAUGAGCCACUUCUCAGCCGCGAACGAGAACAGCCUGACCCUAGAGACACAACCCCGAGUGUCGCAGCACUCCGUUCGGCCCGACCCAACACCAACAACAACAACAGCAACACAGGCCACGGCCAGGGGGACGGCGAGAGCGGAGGUGAGAGUGACGCCGGAGAGGAGGAGGGGGGUGGAGAGGGAGGAAGCAGGGAAACGACAGGACCCCCCGGAGAAAGCUCGGGGACGGGGUCUGGCAGUGCUGAUCCUCAGAGGGACGCUCCGGUCACCAUGAGAGGCGAGGCCCUGCUUAGGCAGCCCAGAGCUCGCAGGCCUGAGAGACCCAACUCUCUGGACUUGUCCUUCACCACACAGGACCUGGCCUCACUAGGUGAUUUUAUUUACACCUCACACAAGAGCAGAUCAUAUCACGAACUCCAUGUCAGGCAUCAGUUAUUCAACCCAGAUACAUUAUUUACUUCCUUAUCAAAAGAUCACCUAAAAUUAAAACUUGUAGCCUGAGAGGGUUUGUACAUGAAGAUCAGCUCACAGAUUGGGGGUUAGAGCAUUGAUGUAUUAUUUAGACAGACUUUCUUACAACAUUUCAUCAGGAACUUCCCCUGAAGCCAUAAAAAUGUUUGCCCCUGGACUCUCAUCAAUAAUGAAACUCUUGAAAAACUGUUGACUGGAUACUUCAAACAUAAGAAAAGAUGAACUAUGGUUUUUGAAUUUUUGAUGGAGGAUAUAGAUUUAUUGAACUUUCUUAGAGCUUGUUUCACAGCUAUAAUUUAAGCCUACCUUCUCUACAAUGCAUCUUCAGUUGGCUGCACACCCUGGGGUGACACCUGCAUUCAUAGCUUCUGUCUUUUCUUUUUUAUUUUGGAGUAUUUGGGAAACUGGUUUGACUGAGUCUUCAACGCAUUAACCCCUAAUUUGAGAUACAGCUUUACACAGAACUGGUGCAGCAGCACACAGGAAUGGAGUCUGGUUCAGUAAAAGCAGAGUUGAUGCAUUGAGAGAAAUGUAGGAUCAAGUGUUUUUUUAAUAUGAGGGGUUAAAAUAUGCCUCCAGUAAACCCCCAGAGCUUCAUGAAAGCGUGAAACUAAAUUGCUGAAAUGCCCCUAUAAGUCAUACUAUCGCAGAUGUGACCUUUGGGCAUCUUUUCCCACGAUACUGAUCAUCAUUCUUUCUCUUUUGUCCAGGCGAAGGCUUAGUGCAGCCAGACGGAGCUUUCGGGACCGGAGAGAAAAUCAAAAAGCGCGUCAAAACGCCGUACUCCCUGAAGAAGUGGCGACCCACCACAUGGGUCAUCUCCACAGACAGCAGGGGGCCGGAGGUCAACAACAACGGCUCCUCCCGUGGCCAGGGUCACAGCCAGAACCGGCCAAAGUCCAGUUCGGCUAUCUUCCUGCGAGGGGGCAGCUUGGCCAGCGAGCCGAGCGACACGCAAGUUUGAACUUGGACCUUCUGACAAGACUUUUAAAAAAGAAAAAAACAGAGAGCGUUUUGUUUCUGUCCAUCGAGCUCUCUGGUUUGAAUCAGCAAGAGGAAGCUAUGGAGUGUCUUGUGAACAAACAGUCCAGUCUGAUCGUGUACAGUAAUUAGGUCUGUCUCGCUCCUGUGUGUCUUUCUAAUGAUGGCAUUGCUUUAAAUGGAAUCCAGCUAUGCAGCAUUCUCAUCCGCUUCUGUUUCCACGUUUUAUUAAUCUUCUCUCCUCGUUUCGUUUCACGUUUCAUCCUCAUAAGCAUAGCAAUCUUUUAAAUGGAUUUCUUUUUAUCCCUAUGUUGCACUUUUUCACAUGAAAUCAGUGUUUAGAAGUCCUGUCUGUUGCGACCACCACACAAUGUGGUCUCUAAACUUAAAAAGGCGGUGAAAAACAAUCAACACUUUGAGCGCUCUUGAACUUUGCUGUAUCGAGCAACGUCCAAGAGGAGAUGCUCUGUAAAAGAAUCGACGGUCUUAAAAGACAGAACAAACUACUUUUUUAUUUCCUUGAUUUGUAUGCAAUACCUUAUUUGUCUUUUUCGACUAUGUAUCCAUUUUUGUAUCAUAACUUUUAAUUGUGCAAUAGGAUGUAGCUUUUAGAUGCUUUCGAUGUUUUUAUCGCUUCCAUUAUUUUGUUUAUUGUUUUUAUCCUGUCAUUAUUUUAUAUGUUAAUCUCUGUUGCACUUAUGAAUAGUCACAAUCGUUUCGUAAACAAUCCACCGUACACUAUCAUGCCCUGACUCAAGAGGAGAAAAUGGACGACAAUCCUCCACUCUUUCCUUCUCCUCUGGACUAUUUUUAGGGGCACACAGACACUAACAAUCAAUCCCAGCUGACUGGAAAAUGUGGGUUUUUGUGGAACUCCUCUGCUUGCACAAUAACACCCAGAAAGGCUCAAACUCUGGGGUCCUUUCACACUACAAUCACCAUAAUCUAAUCUAUGGAGGGAUCUGUUACAGUGGCCGAUGCAAUCACUGUACCACUAUCACCUGACCUCACUGUGGACUGUGUUUAUAGCUGUCUAAAUGUGACUGAAAGAUCAGAAACACUAUAGAAAGCCCAGAUUCUGCUCUUUGAACUCUGUCGGAAAUCAGAAACUAGUCUAAAAAAAAAAAAAAAAGAACCAAACCCUUCUGAAGCACGCUGGAUAUUAUUUCUGCUUCUCGUUGUUUCAUCCCUUGAUAUACAGAUGACUGGUUCAGUGUGUGUGUGAGCGUGAGAAAGAGAGAAAGCGUGCACGAUGUGAUGUGUUUCUUUAUGUCGGCAAGCAUUAGCAUUGUUGGGGCCUAGCGCUGUACAGGCGUGCUGAAAUGUCAUUGUACUCAUUCUGUAUUUUCAGCGCUGCUUCAGGGCAUAUGAAAAGAUCUCAAUUAUGUUUUUGUAAUCUGUAAUUUGUAUGAAAAAAAAGCAUAUGUAUGUGUAUUGCAUUGAUAUUUGCAUCAUUUUUAUGGAAAUAUGUUUUUGCAUUCAAUGGACACGGCCUUUUAUUCCAUUGCUAUGCGUCUGCUCGGUACAGUUUCUGUAAACAUUUUCGAGUCAAUAUGAAAGAAAAAAUUCUCAAUAAAUGUAUGAAAUAAUAAUUAUA